AUGGAUUCUGCUACCACCGACACCCACACUCACAAGCUGGGCACCUUACGCAUCCGUCACCAUGAGACGAACGAGGUCAUCCUUAUUCCGAGUCCUACUGCGGAUCCCAACGACCCCUUAAACUGGUCAAGAAAACAUCGGUAUUUCCUGGCUGUUGUUGCUUGUUUGGCCGUGUUCUUCUGCAAUUUCCUGGCAGCUGGGCCUUCAGUGGCCAUCUCGGAAACGACUAUCGACUUUCUCGGCCCAAUGGGACCCGACUUCUCCAGUCAUGUAUCUCAAGUCUCCUACUUCUUUACUUCCGCUGCUCUCUACCAGGGCGUUGGGAUGCUAUUUUGGAUGCCGCUCAUUGUAAAGUAUGGUCGGCGACCAAUUUACGUCCUCUCAUUCCUGGCGUAUUUUGGGACGGCGUUAUGGUGUGGCUUUGCGCAAUCAUACGCUGUCGAGCUGACUGGUCGAAUCGUUCUGGGCCUAACCGCAGGUGCUGGGGAGUGCCUUGGGCCACUUACUAUCGCAGACAUCUUCUUCCUUCAUGAGCGAGGAACUGUCAUGGCAAUAUACACUGCGGCCCUGUCCAUGGGGGUUGCAGGUGGUCCACUUCGAAGUUACUCAGAUAACACGUUCACUAUGGCCAGAUCAAUCCUCUAUUCCAUGCUCUUUGCAUCACUUGUCCUGGCAUCUAUCAUUAUUGAGGAUCCAAGCAAUAUCGUUCCCCCUGAAGACUGGGCAGACGAUAACGCAUAUGUUUUCGACUGGCAUACGACCGGAGAAGCUUACCAAACCAUUCCUAUCAUUGGUCCCUAUACCUAUAAUCAGCAAACAGGGGCUAUUGAUCAUCGGUCACUAGAAACUACAGCAAAUGACACAAGUGUUGUGGUCAUAGCGAAUCGGUCCGACGUCACUAUCACCCACAGCACUAUCACCAAGUUCGGCUAUUCUUCUGCUCUCAAUCAAGCCAGCUUCUAUGGAGUGAAUGCAGCUGUCAACAAUGCGAAUCAUUCGACACUGCGACUCUCGAAUGUAAACGUUACUACGCAUAAUGGAGCAGCAAACGUCUACACAUACGGCACUGGAAGCGUAACCUAUGCCGACAACACAUGGCUCUACAGUUCCGGCCCUGUCUCCCAUGGUUUCUACGCAGCAGGAAAUGGCACCAUUUAUGCCAAAGACGUCCAGGUGUAUUCCGGGGGAACUAGGUGCUCAGCGUUCAGCGGAGACUACCCAGCUGGGUAUAUACACGCCGAAAACGCAGUCGUCCAUACUGAUGGAGUUGGUUCCGCUAUUUGCUUUCUACAGGGUCUGUGCAACAUGACAAAUGUUGUCGGUUACGCUGCCAAAUCUCCUGCCAUGAUCAGUGACGGUGCACUGUCCGAUGUUAUAGGCAUCUGGAAAAACUCUGAUCUGACUGCUGGUCUGUUAGGUGGUAUUGUCAUGAUAUCUGACUCGACUAUCAGGAAUGGCACCACUGUUGUUCUCGACAAUACUCGAUUGACUGUCCUCGGUGAAGGGAAUCCAGGGCUAUGGUUUGGAAAUAUCAUCGCAACUGUCGAUCUCAUCGCAGCGAGCAUUAAUACCUCUUCGGGUAUCCUCGCCGUUUCAAACUACUCCUUUCUGACUCAGGAUUUUGAUUAUUAUGCCGGGUACGAAGAAAACAACAACCUAUCUCCUGCACAGGCAACCAUCAAUGUUAAGGAUUCUACGCUAUCGGGGUCACUUGUUGCAUACAACGAAUCGUCAAUCAGCUUCAAUCUUCAAAGUUUCUCGCAUUGGAAUGGCAUGGCAAAGGUGGGAUUAGGAGCCGCUUACUUGUCCGUGUCAUUGGACAACACAUCGACAUGGACCUUGACGGGGGACCCAGUCCUUCAAAGCUUCGCUAACUCCAAUAGUACGCUCACAAAUGUUUUCAGUAAUGGUUUCGAUAUCUUGUAUGACUCGGAUUCAUUGGUGAAUGCUGCUUGGAAGGGAGAGACCUACGAACUUCAAGGUGGAGGGAAACUUCGACCGUCAUGA